AUGGCUGACGAUGAUCCACAAGAUGUAGCUGACAGGGAAAAAAUAUUCAAGAAUUUUGAUGCCAAUGGUGAUGGUCAAAUCUCUUCCUCGGAGCUCGGCGAAGCACUCAAGACACUAGGAUCGGUGACCCCAGAGGAAGUGCAACGGAUGAUGGAAGAGCUCGACACAGAUGGUGACGGCUUCAUUUCGUACGAGGAAUUCACGGCGUUUGCAAGAGAGAACCGUGGCCUAGUCAGGGAUGUCGCCAAGAUCUUCUAA